AUGGUCUCAAUCAUUAUCCCUAGCAACUAUGGAGCCGUGAUCGCCGUCGCUCUCGGUUUCAUCCCCGUUCUUGGCUUUAUUCAUGGCAACAUCACCGGUUCAUUGCGCAAGGUUGCCAAUGUCCCCUACCCACACACAUACGCAACAGUUCAGCAAUGCAAGGAAAAUCCUUCUGCCGAGAAAUUCAACUGCGCCCAGCGUGCUCACGCCAACUUUACUGAGAAUGCCGCCCAGACUAUGCUUUUCACCCUUGUUGCUGGAGUGAAGUAUCCUCAGCUUGCUACUGGCCUUGGUUUAGCUUGGGUUGUGCUUCGAUCGUUGUUCUUGUACGGAUAUGUGUAUUCGGGAAAGCCUAAUGGUAAGGGCCGUUAUAUUGGUAUCUUCUUUUGGUUCGCGCAGGCUGGAUUGUGGGGACUGAGUGUCUUUGGUGUUGCUCGGGAACUCCUUUCUUUUUAA